UUAUUAAAAUAAAAAAAGCAAAUGUAUUUUUUAUUACUGUACACCUCAAAAUAACAAAACGGUCUUUUAUUCGCGGAUGGAUCUGAUUUAUCCCAUCUAAUUCCCAACUGCUUUUUACGGAUAAAUUUGCGUUUCCCAACUGCUCCAAACUCCUCAGCGGCAUUAAAAGCAUGCCUACUUACUUCAUCUAUAAAUAGAGUGGAUGCAUUUCCACAAAGAAUCACACAAACAAAAUUUAAAGCCAUUUCCACUUUCCAAUUUCGAAGCAGGUGAUCAUGGCCUUCAAUCUUCCAAGGUUCAUCGCCAUUAGAACAACUAAUUAUUCUGAUAGAGGGCAUUUUUACUACAACGAAGGAGGAAGUACAGUAACUCUUGGGGAGCAGAGUGUGUUCAGCACGCUCGUGAAGAUUGAAGUCGAAAGAGCAACGGGAAACGCCAACUACGUUCACCUUCGAUUUUGUCAUUCCAACAGGUAUUGGUCGAAGAGUGCAACCAGCAACGUCAUCAUUGCUGAAUCGAAGCAACCCGUGGAAGACACAAAGGAUCCUUCAUGCACGCUGUUUCAGGCAGUACAGGCAGCUGGUCAGGCGGCUGGUGUGUUUUACUUGAAUCACGUUCCCACCGGUGGGCGUCUGUUGGUAGAUAACAAUAAAACCUGGGGCCUUUACACGGAGGUAAAUCCCCCAGCUGCCUACGGUUUCCUAACUUUUGUGGAUUGGAGUACAUUGGUCAAACUGCCUGCCCACGUGGCUUUCAAAGGGGAUAACGGCAGUUUCCUUAGAGGAAUGCCCUGGGAUGGGUACAACUACCUGCAGUUCUCAUCCAAUGAUCCUAAUGAGUUGUCAUCGAGCCACCGGGUGUCGUUCAUGUCGGACGGACAUGUCCACAUAGCUUCUGAUCACUGGUUGGGCCUGUUCUGGAGGCGCAGUCCAAACUGGAUAUAUGCCGAUGCCAAUAAUCAGUCUUCUCUCUCCAACCGCGACACUCACUUCUGGCCUGUCAAAGUAGACGACAACACCAUUGCACUCCGCAACGAGGGCAAUGGCCAAUACUGCUCACGUCUGACCACCGAAGGGAAGACCAGCAUGUUAAAUGCGGCCGUCCGCACCAUCACCAAUGAAGCCAGACUGGUGGUGCAAGAGCUCGUGUCCAGUAGAAAGAUCUACAACGUCAGAUAUCGGAUGGAUAACGCCAGGGUAUUCGGCGAGAUGCCUUAUCUGGCAGGCACAACCGUGGUUACUAACUCCAGCGACCGGGAGGCUGCUAUGGCUGUUCAGAUUACGUAUCAAGACGAGAAAUCUUAUACUUUUAGCCGUAGCAUGUCUUUAACUGCAGGGGUGGAAACCAGCUUCAGCGCUGGCGUUCCCUUCAUUGUGGAAGGAAAGAUCACCGUCUCAUUCGAGAUAAGCAACACUCUCCAGUGGGACACCACCACAACUACUACCACAUCAGUUACUGCUUCCGGCUCUGUUCCCGUGCCUGGGAGGACUACGGCUAUCAUUGAGUAUGUCGGGACUAAGGGCACUUGUGAUAUUCCUUAUUAUUACACGCAGCAAGACAGGAACUCCACCAAUGGCCAGAUUUCUUACACUGAGCAGGUUGAUGGUAUUUACAAAGGCGUCAGUUGUUACAACUUCAACUUUGUUAUCCGAUCCACUCAGCGCCUCGCCUGACCAUCCCGUCCUGUUUUUCCCGAUCAUCAAUAACCGUCAUCAAGUUUGUUUCUGUUAUGUAAGCUAGCUUCAUAGCUUAAUCAAUAAGAUUGGGUCAAAGAUUGUUGUUUGAUAAUCAAUUUGAUUCCACAGAGUUGUUUAGCUUAACUGCGCUUUCAUCAAACACUAUUCAUUGAAGCAUUUUAUCAAA